GACAACCAGCGGCCAAUCCCGCCAAGUGGCAAGCCGCGGUGGCAAUACGCGAGAAAGUUACGUUCGAGAGUUCUGCUGCCUACGGCAAACCACAAAAGGGAGAGAAAUCUUUGUUUCUGAGUAUUUGUGUCGUUUCUGUACUAAAAAAAAUAAAAAGGGAGAAAAUCAAGUUAUCGCUAACAGUUUUUGUAAAUUUUACCGCGCGUGCAGCUAUUAAAAAUAAUAAUUAUAAUAAUAAAAAAAUUACAGGGACAUUUUGUACAAUUUGCAUAAUUAUUUUUUUUUAAAUUCUGCUGUGAGAUGUAAUUAAAUUUUAAAAAUAAAUCCGCAGCCAUUUUUAUUUGAACGUAUCUGUGAUUGCAUAUGAAAAUUAGUAUUCCAUUUUUAAUUGACAGGGGAUAUAAUUAUUAAUUUCAAAACUAUACGGCCAAUGGUAUCUACAUGUUUUUAUUACCUUGUAACGCAAUUCGUAUAUUUUGGCUACAUUCAGGAGGAGGCGUUUUACAACCAACUUUUUAGGAUUCUUUCAAGUAAAAGUUUUGACGUCUGCUAGAUCUACCGGGAAUUCGUUUCUUGCUCGUUUUUAUAAUUUCAAUUACUGUGUCAAACAGUUUGUUGCCAUGGAUACCACUUGUUGAUUACAAAUUUGUUGCAGACAUGGAGUGACAUUUGUUUUAUUCAUAGGAAGUUGUGUCUCAUUCCAAAAUUUGUUACUGUGAUAAUUUUUUCUCAAAGUUUACACACUCUGGAAAGAUCCUGCAAUCCACAAAAAAUACGACGAAUAUAGAAACACAUUUUUGAUUGUUUUCAAUUCAUGAAAAAAGGAAAGGAUUAAGUGUUUGGAACAAAACGACGGAUUCAGUAACAGAUUCUUCGAAGAUCUCAACACUUCCGUUAGUCUGCAACUCGUAAUCGCAUUUACGUGACACGAUUAUCUCAGGAUCGUCUGAGGAAAGCCAAUAUAGGUCACUCUUGAGUCGUUGCAUAGGAUGGCAUUGUCAUAGGCGUGUCUCUUUCUAAAACCAAGAGGAGGAGUAGUUGGAGUGGUCCAUGUCAACAGUUUCGUUGGGAGUUGAAGGAUUACUUAGCGCUAGUUCUGUCUUCAUGGCCCAGAUGUGUCUGCAAGUGUUCUUCUCUACAAUCGUGGCUUCGGUGACAAUGACGGCAGCCAAUAUGCACCCAAAGCUGAACACAACCACAGAACACCUGACCGUGGUGGAGGGAGGAAGGGCCACACUGCCCUGCACUGUCCAGUCCAUGGGCGAUCAAGUGGUUUUUGAAUCAGAAUAUCAGGUCAUAUGGAUCAGCCCUAAAAAGACGGUGAUUAGUAUGGGCGACCGGCGCCUCAUGGACGACCAGAGGAUGAGCGUGGAGCGCCCUUACAUCAGUAUAUGGAACCUCCUCAUCCGAAACAUCCGCCACAACGACACUGGCUACUACGAGUGCAGGAUCAACACUAGCCCUGUGCAGACCAAGAAAGUUUUCUUGGAUGUCAAAGUUCCUCCGGCUAUUGUCAGUCAGAUGUCGUCUGACAGGAUCGUCCUUGAAGAAGGGCAGACUGCCACGCUGGUGUGUAACGUGACUGGGAUCCCACAGCCCAACGUCACGUGGUACAAACGUAAUCAUAAAGGAACAAGUAAUAUCAAAGAAAAAAUCGGUUCCGAGGGAGAAGUGCUAAUCAUCCACAACGUUUCCCGGAACUGUGAUGACAUCUAUGAAUGCUACGUGGACAACGGAGUGCCCCCAGCGGUCAGCAAGGCCAUCAGAGUUGUGGUCAAUUAUGCUCCAGAAGUCCAUUUACAGCAUCCCAAACGUUUGGGUCAGUAUUCCGGAAAAGAGACUGUCCUGGACUGUUUGAUUCAAGCUAACCCACUGGCUGUCACUGAUUGGCUAGUGAAUGGGCAGAAAAUUACCAAAAGUGAUAAAUACGACAUUGAGAUAUUCAAGAAUGAAGUGGAAAACAGGUUAAAUUUGGCUCUGAGAAUACGGGACAUUUCCCCUUCAGAAUUUGGCAUGUAUGAAUGUUUUGCCUCCAAUUUUCUUGGUGAGGACAAGGAGGAAAUGUUUUUAUUUGAACUCACCUCAACAUCAACAACAACGACCACAUCCAGCACAGCAGCAGCAGACACAACUGUAUCCAGGAAGCAACCGCCACACAACAACAGGCCAGGAGAUCAAAAGAGCGCUGAGCAUAGCCGACCAAAUUAUAAUAAUAUUGACGGACCAGAUAAUCAACCUAAUGUGACUCCAGCUAAUAGUAAAUCUAUCGCUAUAGAUAACUCUUGGAGAGGCAAUGGGUCAUCAUCUUCCUUUGCUCACAAAUUACUCUAUUAUCUACCUUUGCUUUGGUUGCUUGCUCUUGUUCUACACUGAUGUCCUGAUGCUUCGAGUAUCUAUUUAUUAGCUUAAUAUUAAAUACAAGGCAAGAGUCAUCUGUUCAUUGAUACUAUUUUGAAAGACUGCAUUACUUUAUCCGAUAUUGAGAUAUGUUAUUGCUAUUAUAUAUAUACUUUUUGUUUUGUGUGUAAAAAGAUCGUGAUAAAUUUUAGUCUUUGUGAAGAUGUUAGAUUUAGCGACAAUGGCUCUAGAUCCUGACAUUUCUAGUAGGCUGCAAGUCCAAACAAACUCAACUACACAUGUUCUUUUUUUUUUGUCCUGACGGCUAAUGCCCAAGGCGAAAUUUGCUCAAAAAACAAAGGGGCGUGUGCACUGGAUUGAUGUCUCGAUGCACCCGGGUUUGAACCCCUGUCAUCCGCCAUCUCCCGCCGUCCUGCAGGUGGUUAUGCCCAGGAAGCAGUAAUCUUUCAUUUUGAAGGGACAUCCGAAACAUGUAAACAUAACGCAGAGACUGAACAUUUAUGGGUCAGAGAAUAAAGUUUAUGAAGAAAAUGAUUAAGACAAAGUCAAGACAGAUUGAGUUGUUUCUAUAAAAGUUUUCAUAAAUGAUAAUUGUACUAUUAGAAAUUAUAUAAGAGGAUAUAAAAUAUGGAGUUUUGAUUGAAUCAUUUAUUUUUGAUGUUGCUAAAACCUAGGAAUUUAAAAGAUUUGCACACUGUGUGGUAGAGUUUACGUAACUCUAAAUGCGUGGAUCAUCAUGUGGGCGUGUGUAUGUGUGAUGUAUGAUGAUCACGUGGGCGUGUGUAUGUGUGAUGUAUGAUGAUCACGUGGGCUUGUGUAUGUGUGAAGUAUGAUGAUGAAGCAGAC